UUUCUCUUUGCCCCCUUUUCACUUUGCUUAUUCUUUUCUCUUGAGCCUAAGUGUAGUGUGUGUUUUGUAAGUACCGACAUCACUCCAACUUAAUGGGGUGUUCAUCUACUUCUUCGUAGAAACCGAUGCUGCUACUCAUUCUUCUGCUUUUACCACUCACUCUGAGAACUCAUUUUUCUUGUUCAUGUUGAUGACCGGAUAAAAUCUGAGGCAGAGCUAAAGAGAAUCUUGGAAGUAGUUUACUUUAUUAACUGGGUGAUAAGUCAUUGUUUGGAGGCUAUAGAUGGCGAUGCAAACUGCUUAUCUGAAAGAACAUGAAGGAAUUGUUCACAAUUCUGUUGGACAGUUGUCGGCUCCGUGGUGGAGUGCCUUUGGAUCUCAAUCAGUUUAUGGGGAGUAUUGUGGUCAAAUCAAACCCUUUUCAUUGGAUAUUUCCAAUUGUGUAGAACAAUUUUCUUCCGGUAAGCAAACUGUACGAGGAGUGGAACAAUUGUUGGAUAAAGGACAUGCAACCCAAUUUACCAUCUUUCCAGAUGAUAGUAAAAUGUCGGGUGAUGCACAAAAUCCUCAGGCAACCUUAUCACUGCAAUCACCACUUGCUGAGCCCCACAAUCGUUUUGAGAUAGGGUUUAAUCAGCCUAUGAUAUGUGCAAAAUAUCCUUACAUGGAUCAAUUUUAUGGGCUCUUCUCAGCUUAUGGACCUCAAAUUUCGGGGCGUAUAAUGCUUCCAAUUAACAUGACAUCUGAUGAUGGACCAACUUACGUAAAUGCUAAGCAGUAUCAUGGAAUCAUCAGACGCCGGCAGUCACGUGCAAAAGCUGUUCUUGAGAACAAAUUGAUUAAACGCCGCAAGCCAUAUAUGCAUGAAUCACGCCAUCUACAUGCGAUGCGGCGACCAAGAGGAUGUGGUGGUCGCUUCUUGAACACAAAAACUUCUACAAACGGAAAUGGUAAAAAGGAAAGUGAAGCAAGUAAAACUGGCAGCCGACAGUUGCAUUCCAGUGCCUCUCAGAGUUCUGAAGUCCUGCAAUCUGAGGUUGGAACUUUAAAUUCAUCGAAGGAAACAAAUCGAAGCAGUCCAAAUAUCUCUGGUUCAGAGGUGACCAGCAUAUAUUUGCGAGAAGGUUUUGAUAGCUUUUCUGUCAAUCCUCUUGGAUCUUCUGUCCACACUUUAGCGGAUAUGAUCGGUAGUGGACAUGGUAUUAUCAUGCCCACUAAAUGGGUUGCAGCAGUACCAGAUAACUGUUGCAACCUUAAAGUUUGAUUAGCGAGGAGACUAGUGGGUUUGGUGCUGCAAUGUUACACCACCAAACCCCAUCCUUGAAAGCAACUAGAUGAAGAAGUUCUGUUGCAGUUUCUUGUGUUUACUGUGAUGAAUUUCGUUAUCGAGGCCUGCCUCUACAUCUGGUUUUAGGCAAAUCAUUCUUGGCUGCUGCUUAGGCAACUCAUCCUUGGCUCAUUAUAUUUAUAGUACUGUCUUUUUCCUUCUGCACAGGCCUGCCUUGUCAUGGCUUGGUAUCCUGAUGCAGUAGACUGUGUCUGUUUGUGUUAAAUAACAUGAAUUCUGGCUCCAUGUGUGGCUUUUCUAGUCAUGAAUGCGUGACGUUUUAUUCUGGAUUUCUGACUUUGUGUGGAACAAUGUAACAUAUAACUUUGGAUUCUGAUCUUUGUUAGAAGAAUAAAAGUAGAGCAUUGAUCUGGACUUA